AUGAAAUCAAUUAAUAUGUCACCACCAAUUCAAAGUAACAGAAAUGUCAAUAUCUCCAUUAGGUUUAAGUUGUAUGAUAAUAGGAAGAGUUUAAAAGAUUUCCAAAGUGCUACUAGAUUGGUACUUUCUGGUGAUCUUGCCAAAGGAGCCAUUGACCAUGGAAUUAAAUCAUUAGAUAACCCUAAAGAACUGUACUUUCAACCAAGUUUUUGUUUACAAGAUAUGAAAGAAUCAAAGUUGUUUAAUAAUUUCCCAAAAAGUUGUGGUAUCCAUCUAUCUGCAAUGUUGGACUAUUUAGUUACUUGUGUACUAGGAGUAUCUAUCAAAGUAGCUAUACAAUAUAAUACAAUUAGAUUGUUACCAGUUCUUAUUAAAAUAGGUAUUUCCAAAGAUAGAGAAUUGGAAGAUUUAUUUAAUGGUAUUAUCAUUCCAUCCUCUGGUGGUAGAGAUGAAGAGGAAGAUAUUAGUAGUGAAGAAAUAAGUAGUGAUGAUGAUAGUUGUGGUUCUCAAGAUUAUUAA